UACGCGGUUCGUGUUCGGCCUAUUUGUUUGCUUUGACUUGCAACCAAAAAUUUGAGAUAUGAGCGCUGUACAGUGGCAGUCAACUCAACUCACUUCACAACAAGCAGCAGUUUGGAUUAGUAAACAAUUCUUCAAAAAAGAGGCUUCAAGCUGUUUAAUGCCACUCCCAGUUGAAGUUUACUGUCAAAAAACAAAACAAAGAGAAUACACCUUGUGAAUUUAAAACAGGGGUGUCAAACUUUUUUUUUUUGUCUCGGGCCGCAUUGUAGUUAUGAUUUCCCUCAGGGCCGUUAGAACAGUGAAACCAUAUAAAUGUUUAAUCAUCACCAGAAAAUAUUAUUACCAUUACACAACAAAUUGAGGAUAACUAGUUUUGAAAUCAGAAGACAAGGAUAACAGUUUGUUCAAGUAUUGUUUAAGUUACUGUAGAGGAAGGGUUUGGUAACUGAAAAAUGCAAUAUCUCGACGUUAUUGUGUAUUAUUAUGACGAUUUGGAAUUUGGGUACGGAUUUUAGCAAAAAUCAUGGAAGUCGACAAACAUGAUUUGCUUUCGCGGCCACAUAAAAUGAUGUGGCGGGCCGCAUCUGGCCCCCAGGCCUUGAGUUUGCCACCCCUCCCAGUUAACAUACUGUAGACAUUUGACUUCACAUGCCAUCAAUGGCAGGGAAUGAGUUAAUAAAUUACAUUUAGCUUUAUGCUACAAAAAACAACAACAACUAUGCAAAAUGCCAUAGACAGGCUAAUGAAUAGCAUUAAUAGUCGUGGUGUUAUAAACUAAGAAAUGGAUAUUUGAACACGAAUGUGGAGCAACACGUGAACAGAUCAUUAACAUUACUGACUGGUGUAUAUCCUUUAUCCUCUGUGAAGAACAUGCAACAUUAAUGCCUCACCGAGGAGCUGAGACCCUCCCCAUGUACAGCACAUCAGUACGUCUGUAUUUUACUGACCUCGAGUGGCCAAAGUGCACACCAGAAGGAGCAGCACAAUGUCUAUUGAAUUGAAGGCAAAAGUUGGGCAAAAAUAGCUUAAUUUCUUUACAUUCUAGUUAAUGAUGUCAAAGCUGUAUGUUUUUCUAAAGUACAGUGUUUUGUUUUCUCAUUUAAAAAAAAACCCCACUAGGAACACGUAAACACGUUUUGGGGGGGGGGGGCGGAUUUAUGGCAUUUCCGUGUCACAUCAAUAGGGAAAGAUGAUGAUAAAUUUGGGGUGAUUUAUUUAUUUGAUUGAAUUUAAAUACGUGUGCCUUGGCUCUCCGUAAAGGUCGAGAAACACUAGAUCACCGAGGGAAGCUGUGCGGACACAAAAUCCCCUGGGUCAUUUUUCUACGUGUUUUACGGUAAUGGCAGCAGAAGGAGGAGGAGUUGGGAACUCGGGGAGGCCCGCAUGUGGUGAGGGCGAAGGAGAAGAAGGCGGAGGAGGCGGAGGCUCAUUGAAUAGAAGAGACUCACUCGAGACGAGCGCCACAUUCGGACUGUACCACGCCAGCCUUUGCGGCGCGGCUUGACGAAGAAGAAGGAGGAGGAGGAGGAGGAUAAACAAACAAACAAACAGGAGCGAGAGGUGCCAUCUGUGUCGCCGACUUGUUGUCGGGCUCCUGAUGCUGUCCCCGGACCAUGAAAGAAGGACUCGCCAUGAAGUUCGCUUGGAAGAGUAAAAUGAGCUCCGUACAGGACUGGGGGGAGGAAGUGGAGGAAGGAGCCAUCUACAAUGUGACGCUAAAGCGGGUUCAGAUUCAACAGGCGGCCAACAAGGGCGCGAGAUGGCUGGGGGCGGAGGGCGACCGCUUGCCUCCCGGCCACACGGUGAGCCAGCUGGAGACCUGCAAGAUCCGAAGUAUCCGCGCCGGGACUCUGGAGCGUCUGGUGGAGACGCUGCUGACGGCGUUCGGCGACAACGACCUCACUUACACGUCCAUCUUCCUGUCCACCUACCGAGCCUUCGCCGGCACGCAGACGGUACUGCAGCUGCUGCUUGACAGAUAUGGAAGUGCAGACGAAAAUGAGCCAGGAGCCAAAAAAGGCCAAGUGUCUGAAAGCGAUGGAGCCAUCAGAAAUGCCUUAGCCUCGAUCCUGCGUGCCUGGCUGGACCAGUGUCCUGAAGACUUCCAGGAGCCUCCGGACUACCCCUGCCUACACAGGCUGACGGACUACCUCCGCCGAGCCCUGCCUGGCUCUGAGGCCUCGCGACGGGCCGAGGGCCUGCUGGAGCAGCUGCAGGUCCAGGCCGGCGUGGACGAACCUGACGCUGGGUUCCAUGGGAAUAGUUCCUACUGCCUGGGCGAGCAGGAUGAAGUCGACAUGGAGGUUCAGGAGGACUUCUUGUCGUUUCAGUCCGACCUGGUGGCCGAGCAGCUGACCUACAUGGACGCGCUGCUGUUCAAAAAAGUCGUGCCGCACCACUGCCUGGGCUCCAUCUGGUCCCAGAGGGACAAGAAGCAAAACAAGCACAGCGCCCCCACCGUCCGCGCCACCAUCACGCAGUUCAACGCCGUGGCGGCCUGCGUGGUCAGCACCGUGCUGAAGCACCGACAGAUACGGCCGCACGUCCGAGCGCGCGUCAUUCAGCGCUGGAUCGACAUCGCUCAGGAAUGUCGCAUACGUAAAAAUUUCUCGUCCCUGCGAUCCAUCGUGUCGGCGUUGCAGUCCAACCCGCUGUACAGGCUGAAGAGAGCGUGGAACUGCGUACACAAAGACAGCACGCAGACCUUUGAGGAGCUGUCGGACAUCUUUUCCGAUCACAACAACUACCUGACCAGCAGAGAGCUGCUCAUGCGGGAAGGCACUUCAAAGUUUGCCAGUCUGGAGAGUUGUGCCAAGGAGCAUCAAAAACGCACCCACAAGAGACUUCAGCUGCAGAAGGAAAUGGGAGCCAUGCAAGGAACCAUACCUUACUUGGGGACCUUUCUGACCGACUUGACCAUGCUCGACACAGCGCUUCCUGACCGAGUCGAGGGUGGUCUCAUCAACUUCGAGAAGCGACGAAGGGAGUUCGAGGUGAUCGCUCAGAUCAAGCUGCUGCAGUCGGCCUGUAACAGCUACUGCCUGAGCCCGGAUCAGGCGUUCCUGCGCUGGUUCAAGAGCCAGACUCUGCUCACUGAGGAGGAAAGUUACGCCCUGUCAUGUGAAAUCGAAGGCCUCGCCGAUAGCAGCCCGGCCUCACCCAAGCCCCGAAAAAGCAUGGUGAAGAGGCUCAGCCUGCUGUUCCUGGGCGCAGACAGCGGCGCGUCCAGUUCUCCGGUGCGAGAGACGCCGCGCUCGCCCCCGACCGGCAGCUCGGGGGAGAGCAUGGACUCCGUCAGCGUGUCGUCCAGCGACUCCAGCAGCCCUUCAGAAUGCGAGGGGCUCACCCCCACCCACGGCGCCGACGCCCAGCAGAACAAGCUCUCCGAAUCUUCCUCUUGCACUUCGCUGCAUUCCAUGGACACGGGCUCGUCCGGCGCCAGCGUUACCACGACGCCCGUGUCCGCCCCGCUCCCGGGACCCCCGUGCACCCACCGGCGCUCCAUGUCCCUCACGCCCAUGUCCCCCUCGUUCCCCGGCCAAACGCCGGCGUACAACACGCAGGCCCGGGACGCCUGCAUCGUCAGAGUCAGCCUGGAGCACGGCAACGGAAACCUCUACAAGAGCAUCCUGCUGACGAGUCAAGACAAGACGAGGGCCGUGAUUUCCCGAGCCAUGGCCAAGCACAACCUGGAGCGGGAGCCCGAGGACGGCUACGAGCUGGUGCAGGUCAUCUCUGACGACCGAGGUAAUCGCCGGCGCAAAGUCCACACCGUCGCCCGACAGCAAGCUCAGUCCUGCACGCAGACAAACAAAAAUAAAGAGUUGAUCAUCCCCGACAACGCCAACGUCUUCUACGCCAUGAACACGUCGGCCAACUUCGACUUCCUGCUGCGUGUGCGCGGCGGCGGCGGCGUUCCGGUGCAGAUGCGGGUGCGCUGUAGCUCCACGCUGCCCCGAACGCACCACCACCGCUCCAGCCUGUCGCUCAGACUCAGCAAAGUCACACUGUGAACGCAACACUACUCUGGAGCGCAAAAUGGACGCCUGCAGGAAGAAGCCCCCCAAAACAUUUGUUCGUAACAUAUCCGAAUCGUAAGCAUCAGUUCAAUUCUAUUUGCUUCCACGAGGAGGACUGUGGCCAAAUUAAAAUGCCGACUGAAUGCUGUGACCGGUGACGUCUGCCAAGCAUCAGAGAGGAGGGAACAGCGACCCCCGGUGGCUUCCUGGCCUUACUACACAUGGGAUUUGCACAUGAAAAAACAAACAAACAAGGGAGCCUGUCCAUAGCUCCUCAGCGCCAACAACAGUAUUCUCUUAUUAUUAUUAUUGUUAUUAAUAAUAUUCUUAAUAUAGAUAAACUUGGAACCUACAACAGUCUUCAUGUGAGUAGGACUGUGUGUGCGUGAGAGAGUAUAUGAGAGUGAGAGUACCUGUGAGUGAGAGAGAUCUCGAGCCGCAUGACGGAUGCCUGGCGUGCAUUCUGAUCGGCUCGUCAGUGGCCUUGCCGUCAGAAUCGGAAUCUCGCUACGGAACGAACGGCUCAGAGUUGCACUUGUCACUUGGCCCAAGAUGCCAAUGGGAUGUAAAUACAGAACAUGAAAAUGGCAGCGUUGCUUUUUGUAUUUUAUGGGGGGGGGGGGGGGUUGUUUUGUAUAACGUCAGUCAUUUGGAGGCUGCCGGAGGAUUUUAGUGUCAUUAAUUCAGGAAGAAAAACAAGAGGGGGGGGGAAUGUGAUGCCUUUGCAAAACCUCCAGAGCAGCACUCGGCAAACUGUGACAGACGCACCGAGAAAAGAAUAAAACCAAGUCAAUAAUCAAUAAAUAAAACAUUUGGAAAGUCAUUGUGAGGCCUGCGUGUGGGAAAUGUCAAGCUAUUUGCAAAUAGAAUCACUCUGACAUCAAAUCACCCAUAUUUUUUGAACUAUCACUCCAAAAUGUCAGAAUAUAUAUAUAGAAAAACGACAUGAAACAGAAUUGUUUUCCAGAAAUAUUUGCAUUAGUGUGAGGGGAAAAAAAUGGAGAACAAAACGUUUUAUCUUAAGAAAACGUUCCAUCAUGAGUCAUAACUUUGCGAGAAUAACAUUUUAUUUCUCAUCCAAAACACGGGGAGAAAAUGUUGAAAUGUUACAAGUCUGAUUUUUGCGGGGGGGGGGGGGGGAAUUUUGAGUCAUUUGAGACAAGACAUAAUGUUACAAUGAGAAAUAAUUUGAGAAAAAAAGUAAUGGACAAGAGUUUAAAAAAAAACAACAAAAAAAAGCAUCAGGAACUUCAUUCUUUCAAGUCCUCAAUGAGAGUGCAAUGAAACAUUCUCGCAUCUGGUCAACUUUGCAUUGACGUCCGUGCAGCACUUGCACUCCAAGUUACUUUCUUCAUUGCCAAAGAGUCUUCCUCCUCUACCUGAAUCAAUAAAUUAUUCAUUUAUCAUGA